GCUGCACCCACUGAUGUUCUGGAUGUCCACGUUUAUCUGCACAUGCGCAGAUCAGUAGUACGUUAAAAUAUGCAAUGAAUACACUAAUAGUUCCCCUGCUGGCCACCAAAACAACGAAGCGCUUCGCUACCGGGUAAACUUCGCCGUCGCGCGCUCUGCGGGCGUCUCUGGCCGGAGUGGAGAUGAUCGCAGAAAAGCACGACUGCCGCACAAGAUAAGGAGGUCCUCUAACAGCAGAGAAGUGCAUGACAGCACAUGAGCCACCCUCCACCAGUCUCCACUGUCAACAGCAGCAGCAGCAGUCAUGGCAGCCCCGGUGUCACUAGAAAAGCAGUGCCUCCUCUACGUGGUCUGCCACCUGGAGGAGUUUCCAGCCGACACACUUGCGCUCCUCCCGCCCUCCAUCCUCACGCAGGUUGUGCGCAGCGUGACGGUGGCCGACGUGUGUCUCCUGGAGAAGACACGACUGGCCGACAAGGUAGACUUCCCCGCCAUCUGGGACAAGAUCUGCAUGCACCACCCCAUGCCACACACCUUCCCCGACGAACACUUCCGGAGCAUGAUAGGCUACGAGUCGAUGAAGGACUACUUCUUUACGUUUGUCUGGCACCUGGCCGUGAUUGAGCAGGUCCCGGUGGUGCACCGCAUCCGUACGCGGACCCAGGUCCUCCACAACUGGCACAAUGCCCAGACCCGUGGGAUGCUUCUCGACUCUGGCUCGUCCACCGAAGGCUUCCAGAACUUCUGCGGCAUUCUCCUCUCGCUGCGUGGGGCAGCCGACAUUGAGGACUACGACAGCAUAUUUCAGAGUCUCCUGAGACUCCCAACGGUACUCAAAGACCCCUACAUCCCCCGCAGGUUCCACAAGUACCAGAAACUCCCCCAGCACAACUGGCGGCCGCACAGCAGCCCCGGGGUCCAGUGGCACCGGGCCACAAUGACGCUAACAAGCAGGGCCUCCCUCUCGUCAACUCACCCGAGCAUGGCGACUGUGCUCCUCAAGACGUGUGACUACAGACCUCAGGCACUCCAGCUGAAAACAAGAGACUUCCUCCGUACCAAGCUGUGGAAAGACUGCAGCAUCGAGGAGGUGGCAUCCAUCUUCAAGAACAUCCGCUACCUCUGUCUGAUUGUGCAGACCGAGUUCAACCAGGACCAGGUGGCAGACUGCAACAACUUCAUCAAGGGUGUGUUCCCAACGGCCCUCUGCUCGCUGGAGAAGCUGAGGAUCAAGUUUGAGAAUGCGACGGCCCUCAACCUCUUCAUCCCACGCAUCUUCAGUGUCAUCAUGAACUCGUCGUACAACGAGAUCACCACGCUCCAAUCCCUGGCACUCUCCAUAGACAGACUCACGGAGCAGGAGAUCAUGGCCAGCAGGUCCGAGAACACGCUAUUCACGUUCACAGACCUGUUCAAAUCACGGCACUUCCACAGCCUCAUCCUGGAGGGCAUGCUGUUCCGCGACGAAGUGAUGGUGCCCAAGAUCAUUGCGUCUUUCCUGAGCAUGCACUGUGCGGGGAAGCAGCGACUGGUCCUGAGCAGGAUCCAGUUCAACUACUGCGGGUUGACCGUGUUCCCGCAGUUCAGUCUCCCCUACUGCGCCCACAAGCACAAGGAGCUCAAGUUCAACGCCAUGAACCUCCAGCCGCGCAUCCUCGAGCGACUGCUGAGUCGUCCUCGGUUCCAGCUCCGUCUACUCGAGGUGCUGCUGGAGCAGUGGCACCACAAUGUCCCGCCGGACGGAGUGAGCGCCAGCUCCAGCAUGCACAACAAGCUGGCUCUCGAACUCUGCGCCAUGAACCCCACGCUCCAUAUCCCUAGUCUCCACUUCCACAUACACCUCGUGUCCUGCCCAACCAUGAAGGACAACUUCCAGAGUCUGUUUCGGCAGCGGACGCUGGCAGAGCUUGACCUCUCCUGCUGCAACCUGGGCCCCGGUGGGCUCACCACUGCACUCACCCACGGUCUCCAGGCCUACUCGGGCAUCCAGAUGGGCUCACUGCGCUCCCUCAACCUCUCCAAGAACGGGAUCGGUAUGGCGGAGGACAAGAGGGUCCAGGCGUUCUUCGAGGCCCUGUUUGGCCUGCCCAAGCUACCCAGGAUGACUAUAGACUUGAGUCAGAACAACUUUACUUCCCACCACUUCACCAUGAUGUACGAGGCGUGGAGCAGCACCACAGAGCUACAGGUCAAGUUCCUGUCGUUUGCCAGGAACCACUACGCCAGCAGCACCCUCAUCAGGGACCUGGCCUUUAGAUACGACAUUAGCGACAUACUGUUUGGAAGGUAGGACACAAGCUUUCUUUAUCUUUUAUCACAUCAUCCUUUCCCACCAUUGCUUAUUUGUGUGUGUGUGUGUGUGUGUGUAUAUGUGUGUGUUUAUCCCAUGCUAUAUACAUGAUUGUUAGAGUCAUAUGAUGAGAAAAUGUGUGCAGCUUUUAAAGCAAUACCU